AUGCCCACACACCAGGCAUUUGGACCAAGGUUUGCCAAUGAGUUCAGAGUGCUGAUGGAGCUGCGUAGUGUUCCACAGGAGGAGAACUGGCUGGCUCUUUAUGUGGACUGUGAGCUGGUGGAGAGGGUGAACUGGACUUUCCCUGGACAGGACAUUACCACUGAUGGUCUGCUGAUGCUGGGAGGCAUCAUUGAGGGCUUUGAGACACCAUUUGAAGUGAGGGCUUAUUGGAUGCUCAAAUGUGGCCAUGACAGCAAGUACUCGUUUACAGUCACAGCCUUGGAUGAGAACAUCACCGCAGACACAGAUGACUGGCUACAACAGGGAAUCAUCGACCUGGACUCCCCCGACCCCUCGCCCAGUCUCCAGAGAAAACGUCCUGAUCGGAAGAGCCCAUCCCAGUCUGGCCACCCUGACCCCAGUGAUCUCAUGGAUGAGAACCAGUUGCCUCCUGCAGGGGCCACAGGGGAGCUCCAGGCCCCAAUGGGAAGUCGGGACCUAAAGGACCCAGGGGCUGUGGUGGACAGCCUGGUCUUUUUGAGGCCACAUUGGGACUGGGGGAGCAGAAGGAAAGCCUGGGUGCUCCUGGCUCUGCUGGCAUUCCUGCAUCUAAAGGAGACAGAGGAUUCUCAGGCCUGGGGGGAGAGCCGGGACAAGCAGGUCCCCCAGGCACUCCUGGUCCUGCAGGAAAGCCUGGACAAGACGGCAGUCCUGGGCCACCUGGUGAUAAGGGCUUCACAGGGAAAGUUGGCAUGGAGGGUCCCCAAGGGCCAGUGGGCAUGGAGAACCUGGUGUGAGAGGUCCCGCCGGCAUCCCUGGGAAGAGUGGACCACCGGGCCGUCAAGGAGAGACUGGGCCCAAUGGCAUACAGGGAUCACCCGGUCCUCCAGGCCUCCCAAGGCUGGAGGGCAGGACAGGGAAGCCAGGCCCUUCAGGAAGCCAGAGGCCUGUGGGGGCACAGGGGUCAGCUGGGCCCAUCGGGUUUCCAGGCACUCCUGGGAUGGAUGGUGUGAUGGGGCAGGUUGGAGAAAAAGGAGAACAGGAGCAGCAGGUCCUGUUGGGGACAGUGGGCCAUCUGGACUGGACGGACAGCAGGGUCCCCCAGGAACAGUUGGUGAGGAGGGGUUGUCUGGGAAAAAGGGGGAACAGGGUGCUCCAAGUCCCUUUGGAAAGCCAGGGCCCAAGGGACUCCAGGGAGAGCCAGGGCCACAGGGCUCCCAGGGGCUGCAGGGGGAGCCUGGGCCAAGGGGCAAAGAGGGAGAGAUGGGAGGUUUUGGCAACAGAGGAGAUCCUGGUCCUAAAGGACUUAAGGGGGCAAAUGGACCUUGUGGAUUCCCUGGGUUGGAGGGGCCCUCGGGAGCUCUUGGGGACAAUGAGAAAAGAGGAGGGAAGGGCCACGGAGGACUGGCCAGGUGGGAUUGAUGGGGGAAGCUGGACCGUCAGGCUUGUCUGGAUUGGAAGGUGUUCCAGGUCCUUUUGGAUUGGCUGGGGCUGAUGGACCACAAGGGCAGAAG